AUGUUAAAACCAUCCUCAUUACCAUCCCCAUUAGCCGUGCCGGGCUUGCUGAGAAGUUUCUUGGGCGUCCGGCUUCCGCUUCCCGCAACAUAUAGGAAAUACAGUUUAACUGCCCCAUGUCCAACAUGUUCAGUUACUCGCCCAUCACCCAAAUGUUGGCAACCUCUCUCUCGGCGCCAGUUCAGUAAAUCUCCCACUAUUCUCUUACAUUUAUCAGACACUCCUGAAAAACCACAAAAUUCCUCCUCAACACUUGAACAGUCUCAUCAACAGGAGGAGCUCAAACCCGAUCCCGAUCGAGAUAGCAAUGAUUCCAGCUCCAAACCAGCCGAAAUGGUUUCCCCCAUGGGUCCAAAAAGCAAAGCAGAAUUCACGGGGUCGCGGAGUGCUAGAGCUACAGGGGGCAAAGCAGGCAGGGCAAGCAAGUCCGACAAGUUGGAUGCGCCUCAGAAACUAGAACCAUGGCAGAUACAGAAGCAGGCUUUGAAGAAAAAGUUCCCGGAGGGAUGGAAUCCGCGCAAGCGUCUGCACCCAGAUACUCUUGAUGUUAUCCGGCAUUUACACCAGCAGGACCCAAAGAAAUAUACAACCCCGUUCCUGGCACAGGAAUACAAGGUGUCUCCGGAGGCAAUCCGACGGAUAUUGAAAAGCAAAUGGCAACCAAGUGAGGAGGUGAUUGCUGAGCGGCGGGAACGCUGGGAAAGGCGGCAUAAAAGAAUCUGGAAUCAACUGGCGGAAAUUGGAGUACGACCCCAAAGGUCAAAAUUUGCUGACUUUUCGGAUACUCGGAUUCUAUAUGGCAGUCGUCGCACAGCAAGUUCAAAGUGA